AUGUUACAUUUGAUACAUUUCUGCAUCUACACACUGUGCCCUACACCCCUGAAGUCGGUGCAGGCUGUGGUGGCACAGCGGAGUUGCUUAGAGCUGACGUUCGAUGAUGCUGGGCAUGGGCAGGUUCAUGUGCACACGCAGCUGGUGGAGUGCGCGAAUGUGGUGCGUGCGCUGACACCGCUGUACGGCACUAUGCCUAAUCCCAGGAAGCUUGGGGGCUCCUUCGAGGGUGGCGAAUGUGUAAUUUGCCUGGAGAAGCCCAAGGAGGUCGCCAUCCUCCACUGUCGGCACGUCUGCCUGUGCUCCAGCUGUGCAAAGAUCACCUCGUCCACAUGGUCGUUCCAGUGUCCCGUUUGCCGGGGAAGAGUGGCUGGCAUGGUUGGCAUGUCCCAAGUGGAAGCAGAAGCUGAGGAUGCCCAGGUGCGACCUUUCCACAAAUGCACCGAAUACUACCAGAGGCCACUGCGCCAGUACCCUUUAAUGCGGUAG